ACCAAAAGAGCUACCCUAGCAGAAUUAAGCACGUACGUAAAGAUAUCGGAAGCGUUCAAUAGCAUGGAGAAGAAGUCCAGCAUUUUCUUGCUCUUCGGCCUCUUGCUUCUCUUUGCAAAUGCAGUAUCUCUGGGAAAUGCUGUAGUUCACUCUCACCAAUUUGUUAUCCAAGCAACACCAGUGAAGAGGCUGUGCAAUACUCACAGCACUAUUACUGUUAAUGGUCAAUACCCCGGACCAACCUUAGAAGUGAAUAACGGAGAUUCUUUGGAAAUCAAAGUUAUCAACAAAGCUCAAUACAACGUUACAAUCCACUGGCAUGGCAUCCGGCAGAUGAGGACAGCCUGGUCAGAUGGACCGGAGUUCGUGACCCAAUGCCCAAUUAGACCCGGAGGGAGUUACACGUACCGAUUCACCAUUCAAGGACAAGAAGGGACCCUUUGGUGGCAUGCCCAUAGCUCCUGGCUCAGAGCCACCGUCUACGGUGGUCUAAUAAUUCGCCCCAAAGAAGGAGAUUCAUACCCAUUCCCAAAGCCAAAGCGCGAAUCACUUCUUCUUCUUGGUGAAUGGUGGGAUGCUAAUCCAAUGGACGUUGUGAGGGAAGCCACCAGAACUGGAGCAACUCCAAAUGUGUCCGACGCAUUUACUAUUAACGGGCAACCUGGUGAUCUUUUAAAGUGCUCCAGCAAUGGUACCACUAUAGUUCCAGUGGACUCAGGUGAGACCAACCUCAUCCGAGUCGUCAACUCUGCACUCAACCAACAACUUUUCUUAACCAUAGCCAACCACAAGCUCACAGUUGUCGGGGCAGAUGCCUCCUAUGUUAAACCCUUUACCACCUCGGUUCUCAUGUUGGGACCAGGCCAGACUACUGAUGUCCUGAUCACCACCGACCAGCCACCAGCCCGGUACUACAUAGCAGCACGGGCAUACGCCAGUGCUCAAGGCGCACCAUUUGACAAUACUACCACCACAGCCAUCCUCGAGUACAAGACUGCUCCAUGCCCUGCCAAGGGUGUCUCAAUCAAACCAAUUCUACCAUCUCUACCCGCAUUCAACGACACGGCCACUGCCACUGCCUUCAGCAAAAGCUUCAGAAGCCCAAGAAAGGUUCCGGUGCCCACUGAUAUUGACGAAAGUCUCUUCUUCGCCGUUGGAUUAGGACUCCUAAACUGUCCCCCUGGUGCCAGCUCCCAAAAUUGUCAGGGACCGAAUGGUACUCGUUUUACGGCCAGCAUGAACAAUGUGUCUUUUGUUCUCCCGUCCAGCUUUUCCUUACUGCAAUCACACCAGCAAGGAAUUCCUGGAGUUUUCACGACAGACUUUCCAGCUGCUCCGCCUGUACAAUUUGAUUACACUGGUAAUGUGAGCCGGUCACUCUGGCAACCUGUGCGAGCAACUAAGGUGUACAAGUUGAAAUACGGAGCUAGAGUGCAGAUAGUAUUACAGGGAACAAGCAUUUUCACCGCCGAAAACCACCCGAUUCAUCUUCACGGAUAUGACUUUUACAUAAUCGCAGAGGGCUUUGGCAAUUUCAACCCGAAAACUGAUACGGCCAAAUUCAACCUCGUCGACCCUCCUCUAAGAAACACAGCAAGUGUACCCGUCCAAGGAUGGUCAGUUAUCAGAUUUGUUGCCGAUAAUCCAGGUGUUUGGCUUCUGCAUUGUCACUUGGACGUUCACAUCACAUGGGGUUUGGCCAUGUCAUUCAUUGUGGAAGAUGGAGCUGGACUAUUGGAAAAAUUGGAAGAAGCCCCAGCAGAUCUGCCAAUUUGUUAAGACUAUUAGAUGAUUGAUUAAGAAGACGUUUUCCCAAAGACCUGGAUAACAGGGGUCAUCAUUUUUUAUAGUUUAAGAAUUUUAAGUAUGUUGGCAGCAUGUUUGCUUCCCCAUAUUGGGGUAGCUCCUUGUUUUCUUGCUUUUCUUUUUGGCAGAGAAAAGUUGGUGCCCAUGGUUGCAAAAUAGAGCACCAUCCCAAUUAAAGUCAAGCCCAACUUGUUUGUUGGCUGUAGCUCUAUUGUUUUUUCCAAUCUAUUGUAGGCAAUUUUUGACUUCUGAAUAAGUUUA